AUGACUCCUACUCAAAUAACAAUUAAGAAGCCCAUGCGAAAAGCGUUCGUGGGAACAAUUCGGCCGUGUCUACGCAAGACAUUUGCCUUGAGCCAGAGCUCUCACCAUCUUGUUGGAAGGAGUUACUCUAUUCGACCGUUCUCAUCAUCGUCAAUCGAUACGAACGUUGCUGGCACGAACCACUUCGAUGACAGGAAUUUGUCGGUGGCGGGCCGAGAAACGAUUCGCCAGAUUUUGAAGAAACUACAAGAAAGGAAUUAUUUUGUAACCUUGCCGGAGGAUAAGCUCACUGCUAUCUUGAUUCCAUUAUUUGCGAAACUUGGCGCAAAUGGUUUAACAACAGACUUUCUGAUAGCCGAAUGCAGUCGAAACGACCAUUUUCUACAGCUGUUAUUAAGCAAAUUUCAGGAAGACCUUUUUGAAAUUUGUAAAGUGUUGACAACCUAUUGCUCAUUAACGUACGAGGAGAUAUUUUUGAUGCUGAAGAGUAUUGAGUACGAUAUUUCACAUUCGGGAGGAGAUGUUGGUGUUUCGGGUCGUUUGGAUGUGCUUCUCAAUUUGUCGGGCGUUGAAUACGGGCGCAAUUUGGGGCAAUUGGUGCUAAAAUGUCCACCGCUAAUAUUUGCCCAAGACCCGGAGAAGAUAAACGAGAUUUUCAACGCAUUACGAUCAUUUUUCACAAAAAAGCAGCUUGUUGACCUUGUUCAAUAUACGCCGCAAAUACUCGUGAUGAACUUUGAAGAAUUAGAGCAAAAAUACGAAUACAUUUUCUAUCAUAUGGGCCUUGGGGGAGAGGAUUUUCUUGGCUGCAAAAGUUGGAUCGAGAUGAGCCUUGAAGAAAUGAUGCUGCGGCAUAGUUGCUUGGUGAAAAGUGGAAGAUAUCAUUUUCCUGAUCCCAAGGCACCACAAUUGAGAAAAGAGAAUCCUGAGAUGAGCAAGAUAUUCGAUUCGAGUGAUGAACAUUUUUCGACAAAAAUUGCUGGAAUCUCAUUAGAAGAAUGGAAUGUCUUCAAGAUGAUUGAAAGACGGGCCCGUGAAGAAGAAGACAGAGAUGAACCAUAUGUGAAAGUGAAGCCGUCAUUGAGGAAAAAAUUCGAGCGCCAAAAGAAAGCUACCAUCGAGAAACCAAGUGAAUUCGUCUUUGGAGCCGAAAUAAAAGAUCAAUUU